AUGACCUCCACCCCCACUGGGGCAGCGCUCACGGGAGCUACGCUGCUUGUCGGGGUGCAGGCCGGCUCUCGACUGGCUUCUUUUGUGCUCAACCAGUUAGUGGUGGCUCGCAUGGCGCCCGAGGCCUACGGCCUGGCGGCCGUCUCGCUCCAGCUCGCUCUCUCCACCGUUCUCUUUCUGGCUCGCGAGCCGCUGCGUCGCGCGGCGCUGCGCAUGGCGGCUGCUCCGGCUGAUGCCCGCGCUCUGGCUGCAUGGGGUCUUCCUAUCGGCCUUGUUCUCGCCGCCUGCCUCGCGGCUCACUCGCUCAUCCUUGCUCCCGAUCCAGCCGCCGCUGCUGUUCCGGGCGCGGCGUCCGCGCUCGGGCUCACUCUUGCCGCCGCCGCGGUCGAGCUAGCUGCCGAGCCGCUGUACGUUGCGGUCUUGUUGGAGGCUCGCUACGUAGUCCGCGCCCAGAUUGAAGCUGUCGGUGUCCUCCUCCGCUGCAUCGUUACCUACGCCGGCGUCGUCGCUGCCGGCGCUGGCGUCGUCUCGUUUGCCCUGGGCCACCUCGCGUACGCCGGCGUCGUCCUGGUUGGCUACCUUAUGGCGGGAUCUGGCUUUGCGCUGAGUGAGGCCAUUCCGCGCGCAGGCCCGCUAGUGCGGCACAGUCCGUUGGUCUCGGCGCUCGCCGCACAAACGGUGCUCAAGUACGCGCUCACCUACGGCGAAUCGAUCAUCCUUGUGGCCGUCCAGUCGCUGUACGAUCAGGGCGUUUUUGCGCUUGUGAACAACCUUGGCUCUCUUGUGGCACGUGUCAUCUUCCAACCUGUUGAGGAGACGGCGCUCAACGCAUUCUCGCUUGCCGGGCGUGAUCGCAAUUCGACCGCACGCUAUGGCCUGCUCACCGUGCUUUGCAAGGGCAUGGUGAGCAUCGGACUUUUGUUUGCCACCUUUGGCCCGCCCUACGCCCACCUCCUCCUUGAACUCCUCUACGGAACGCGGUGGGUAGCCACCGACGCGCCGGCCAUCCUCGCCUGGUACUCGCUGUAUGUCGGGUUCAUGGCGCUCAACGGCGUGACCGAAGCCUACCUCCACGGCUGCGCGUCCAAGGCCGGCUUGGCGCGUCUCAACUGGAUGCUGCUGGUCUUCUCGGUUGCGUACAUCAUCGCUGGACUUGCUGGCACCACCUAUGCUGGCACUGUCGGGCUCAUUGCCGCCAACAUGUUCAAUAUGGCCCAGCGCAUCACGUACUCGCUCUACGCCAUCUAUGUCACGCUUCCCAACGAUGGCGUGCCGCUGCCGACUGGCGCGGCGCUGUGGGACCUUGUUCCAAGCCCGCCGGUCUGGGCAGCGUUUGGCGUUGCUGCCGCCGCCGCCCAUGGCUCGGCCGCCGCGUGGGUCAAGCUCGACUCCGAUGGCUGCUACGGAUCGUGGACGCAGCGUGCGGUCCAUGUUGCACCAGGCGUGCUCGGUCUUCUUGUUGUUGCUGCCGCCUUUGUGGCCUGCGAGCGCGAGCUUGUCCCGGCGCUCAAGCGGCUGAUCAAGUUGCGGCGCGGUGGCAAAACGGAGUGAUUGCCUGCUUUAUCCGAGGUGUCUAUGCGUAGCUGAAGAGGCCGAGGGCAUCGCCGUAGAAGCC